AUGACAUCACUUAACACCAAGAGUGGCUCUACACAAGCAGUCAUGCCUUUGUUGCUGCCCAGUGAUGAUUCAAGUCACACCGACACUCUUGUCGAGGAAGUCACUCGUUCUUUUGGCUUAGGCCGAGAUAGAAUCGAGAGUAUUCUCCCCAGCACGGCGUUUCAACAAGAUGUCAUUGACUGUGUUGGGAUUGACAAAAACCGCUCCAUUGGCCAUGUUGCUUAUGAGAUCAGCAAUGACAUCGAUAUCCCAAAGUUGGCUGCUUCUUGGAAAGAUACCAUCAACCGGACUCCUCCUCUGAGGACUUGUGUCUUCACUUCUAAGAAUGGAGAUUCGUAUCAGGUUGCCUUGAGAGAUAGCUUCGUCUUCUCAUGGAUGUUUUGCACAUCUGCUGACCAGAAAGAUGCUGUUGUGGAGGAUGAAGCAGUAGCUGCGGCUUCUGGACCUCGCUGCAACAGAUUUGUUCUUCUGGAUGAUCCAAUGGCAAAGAAAAAGCUCCUCAUAUGGACUUUUAGUCAUGCUCUUGUGGAUAGAAAGUUUCAAGAACGGAUUCUCGGACGAGUUCUGAAAGCUUACAAGCAUGGGCAGGGCGAACUGUCCAACAGACCCUAUACGCCUGACUCCUCUGACCCUGAGGACGAUGGUGUAUCGUUGACUCCCACUGAUGGGUCGAAGACUCCAGAGACUGAUGGCAUUCAUCCUGCGACUCAGUUUUGGAAGGAGUACUUGAGUGAUCUGAAUGCUUCGGCGUUUCCGCACUUGACAUCCCCCCUUACUGUUCCCUGCCCCAAUGCAAAGUCAGAGCACCGCAUGACUUUCACAACUUUGCCAACGUCAACUUGUCCCGGUACAGUUGUCUGCCGAACAGCACUUGCGAUUCUUUUGUCGCGCUACACACAGUCGCAAGAGGCCCUGUUUGGUGUAGUGACAGAGCAACGGCAGCUCCUGGCUGAUGGCCCGACACGGACUGUCGUCCCUUUCCGCGUACACUGCGCUUCUGACCGGUCUCUGUCAGACAUUAUGACCGCAGUCAAUGCGAACGAUGAUGCCAUCCGUCAGUUUGCAGAUGUCGGUCUUCGCAGCAUCGCUUCCUCUGGAGAGGACGGCUCUGCUGCUUGCGGGUUUCAGACCGUCCUGCUAGUUACUGAGAGCGACACUACGCACGCUGCAGAUUGCGAGAUUCAUCGGAAGACUGGAGAGUCUGAGCUCUUUAUGCCCUGCACCAAUCGUGCUCUGUUACUCCACUGUCAGAUGGCCAGUGAUGGAGUAUCCAUCAUUGCCAGGUAUGACAAGAGCCUUAUCGACUCUCUGCAAAUGACUCGUCUCUUGGGACAACUAGGUCACUUGAUCCAGGUCCUACGAGACUCAUCAGAUAAGCAGCUGUGUAUAGGAGAACUCAACAUGAUCACACAAGAAGAUCAAGCUGAGAUCCAGAGCUGGAACUCACACCCAAUCCCCUCCCAACCGACACUCAUCCACAAAGAGAUGCUCAAAACAGCUUCUCUCUUCCCUGCCAAUCCCGCAAUCUGCGCUUGGGACGGUGAAUGGACCUACUCUGAACUCGACAACAUCACAUCUCGUUUAGCAGCGCUCAUCAAGUUCAGCAUGCCAGACCAAGAGCACGCAAUACUCCCCAUUUACUUUCAGAAGUCAAAAUGGGUCGUCGCCUCAAUGCUAGCUGUCAUGAAGGCCGGCCAUGCCUUUACACUUAUUGAUCCAAAUGAUCCACCUGCUAGAGUAGCGCAGGUCGUUGGGCAGACGGGCGCGACAGUCGCGCUUACUUCCAAGCUUUACAGUAGUAAAGUGCAAGAAAUCGUCGGACGAUGCAUUGUUGUUGAUGAGGAGCUUGUUCAAUCACUCAUUUGCACUUGCACCUUUUAUCCAGAUCUUGUCCUCGCUGAGGUUCUUCCAGAGGACUUGGCCUAUGUUAUCUUCACAUCCGGUAGCACAGGCGAUCCAAAGGGCAUCAUGAUCGAGCAUCGCGCCUUUUCAUCCUGCGCUCUCAAAUUCGGUUCCGCACUCGGUAUCAACGGCGACACGCGCGCUCUUCAAUUCGGAUCUCACGCAUUCGGCGCGUGUCUUCUUGAGAUCAUGACGACGUUGAUUCACGGCGGCUGCGUGUGCAUUCCCUCUGAUGAUGACCGCAUGAACAAUGUUCCUGCUUUCGUCAAUCGGGCCAACGUCAAUUGGAUGAUGGCUACUCCGUCUUAUAUGGGAACGUUUCAGCCUGAUGAUGUCCCUGGGCUGCAGACUCUGGUGCUUGUUGGUGAGCAGAUGUCGCCGUCUGUCAAUGCCAUUUGGGCCCCUCGUGUUCAGCUCUUGGAUGGCUACGGACAGAGCGAGAGUUCUUCGAUCUGCUUCGUUGGGAGCAUUAGUUCUUCCGGCGCUGAUCCAAAUAACAUCGGUCGCUCAGUCGGCGCGCACUCUUGGAUCAUUGAUCCGCGCGACCCCGAUCGUCUGGUCCCUAUUGGCGCCAUUGGUGAACUUGUGAUUGAGAGUCCAGGCAUUGCGCGCGACUACAUCAUUCCUCCACCAAUAGAGAAGUCGCCUUUCUUCUCAACAGUUCCAGCAUGGUAUCCUUCUAAACAUCUACCUGAUGGAUUGAAGUUCUAUCGAACUGGUGAUCUUGCGCGUUAUGCAUCUGAUGGCACUGUUGUUUGUCUCGGUCGCAUGGACUCGCAGGUCAAGAUCAGAGGACAGCGUGUUGAACUCGGAGCAGUGGAGACUCAUCUCCGACACCAAUUGCCUGACGACAUGUCAAUUGUUGUUGAAGCUGUCAAGACAUCGGACUCGCCUACGAGCACUGUUCUCGUUGCAUUCUUGAUCGCCUCUCAGGAAACCGAGGCUGCAGGAGAUUGCACGAUUCUUGAUCUUGCUGCGACCAAGGACAUGAGUGCAAAGCUGGAGCAAGUCCUUCCACGUCAUUCCAUCCCAUCGUCCUACAUCAGCAUGCUGCAUCUUCCUCGCACUGCGACUGGCAAGGUCGAUCGCAGGAAGCUUCGCUCUAUUGGUCGCGACAUGUUGGUCCAGCAGCUCCAGGGAACAAGCCCACGACCAUCUCAAUUGAGCUGUCGAGCAAACAGUAGCCAAUCCAAGCUUGAGGAGGUUUGGUGUCAAUGCCUAGGUCUCGAACCCAGCGCUUCCAACAUUGGGUCAACUUUCUUUGAGCUGGGCGGCCACUCCAUCACUGCCAUCAAGAUGGUCAACAUGGCUCGGUCAGCUGGUAUUGAGCUCAAAGUCUCUGAUAUCUAUCAUAACCCUACGCUCGCUGGCCUUGAGGCUAUCGUCAACGGUAGCGUUGUGCCGUACGCGCUCAUCCCAGCGAUCACUCGCGAUGGACCUGUUGAGCAGUCCUACUCUCAAGGUCGACUCUGGUUCUUGGAUCAGCUGGAGGUCGGUGCCUUGUGGUACUUGAUCCCGUACGCUGUCCGCAUGCGAGGAUUGGUAGACAUUGAUGCUUUGAGUCGUGCUCUGAGGGCCUUGGAACAGCGCCACGAGACCCUGCGAACUACCUUUGAAGACCACGACGGCGCAGGUGUACAGAUUAUUCACCAGACCCUCUCUAAAGAGUUGAGAAUUGUGGAUGCAACAGACGGUGACUAUCUCCAACUGCUGGAACAAGAGCAAACCACGCCAUUCGAUCUCACCUCGGAAGCAGGCUGGAGAGCGCUCCUCAUCCGCCUCAGCGACACUGACUACGUCCUUUCCAUCGUCAUGCACCAUAUCGUCUCCGAUGGCUGGUCAAUCGACGUUCUCCGCCACGACCUCAGCCAACUCUACGCUGCAGCUCUUCAAGGCCGCGAUCCUAUCUCAGCUAUGAACCCUCUCCCCAUCCAGUACAGCGACUUUGCCAUGUGGCAGAAGCAAGAAGCUCAAGCUCUCGAACAUGAGAAGCAGCUCGACUACUGGAAGAAACAGCUCGCUGAUUGUUCGCCGGCCAAGUUGCCUACUGACUUCCCCCGGCCUGCUCUGCUCUCCGGUGAAGCUGGUGUCGUACCAGUCUCUAUCGAUGGGGAACUGUACCAGAACCUACGUGAGUUCUGUAAUGACAACAACACCACUUCAUUCGCGGUGCUCCUCGCUGCUUUCCGCGCAGCACACUAUCGUCUCACAGGCGUUGACGACUCUGUCAUCGGCACACCCAUCGCCAAUCGCAAUCGCUGGGAACUAGAGAACAUCAUCGGCUUCUUCGUCAACACGCAGUGCAUGCGCAUCACCGUCAACGACGAAGACACCUUCAGCUCUUUAGUCCAUCAAGUCCGCGCUACUACCACCGCGGCAUUUGAGAACGAAGAUGUACCCUUUGAGCGCGUCGUGUCAACCAUGCUACCCGGCUCACGAGACCUUUCGCGAACACCGCUUGCACAGCUCAUUUUUGCGGUUCACUCGCAGAAGGAUCUUGGGCGGUUUGAGCUUCAGGGUCUUGAGUCGGAGGCUGUGCCGAGCAAGGCGUAUACGCGAUUCGACAUUGAGUUUCAUUUGUUUCAAGAGGCUGAUGGUCUCAAGGGCAGUUGUAACUUUGCGACGGAUUUGUUUAAGCCUGAGACUGUUGAGAAUGUGGUCAGUGUGUUUUUCCAGAUUCUGCGGAAUGGUCUUGAGAAGCCCAAGGUUCCGAUCUCAGUGAUUCCUCUUACGGAUGGGAUCGAGGAGCUUCGGCGCUUGGAUUUACUCAGGAUCAAGAAGGUUGAGUAUCCGAGGGACGCAAGCUUAGUGGAUAUCUUCCGUACGCAAGUCGCUGCUUAUCCCGACUCUCUCGCAGUCGUGGACUCCUCGAAGCGACUUACCUAUGCAGAGCUGGACCAUCAGACUGAUCUGCUUGCGGCAUGGCUUCGUCGACGAGGUAUGCCGGUUGAGACUCUGGUCGGAGUGUUGGCGCCGCGUUCUUGCGAAGCGAUUGUUGCGAUCGUCGGCAUUCUCAAGGCGAACUUGGCCUAUCUCCCAUUUGACGUCAAGUCUCCUUCUGCUCGGCUCAACGACAUUUUGUCUGGUCUUCCGGGUCCUACAAUAGUACUUCUAGGCUCAAGCGUGCCUGUUCCCGAGCUGGAGGUGCCCGACUUGGAGUUUGUCCGUGUCGCUGAUGCCGUAGAGCAAGGCGAUACAAGCGACCUCAAUGGCCAUACCCAUAUUGGCAUGUCGAACCCUACCGCAACAAGUCUCGCCUAUGUCCUCUUCACCUCUGGAUCUACAGGCCGGCCCAAGGGCGUCAUGGUAGAGCACCGCGUUAUCGUACGUCUCAUGACAAGCAACAUCAUCCCCGACUUCCCAACCCAACCACGCUCAGCCCACAUGUUCAACAUUGCCUUUGACGGCGCCACCUACGAGAUAUUCUUCACCCUCCUCAACGGCGGAAUGUUGGUCUGCAUUGACUACAUGACUACUCUUGACGUCAAGGCGCUUCAAGACGUGUUCAUCAAGGAGCAGAUCAACGCUGCUUGCAUGGCACCUGCGCUGCUGAAGCUGUAUCUCACUGAUGCGCGUGAUGCUUUGAGGGGUCUUGACUUUCUCAUGGCUGCUGGAGACCGCUUUGAUGGUCAGGAUGCGAUUGAGGCGCAGAGUCUUGUGAGGGGACAGUGCUACAAUGGGUAUGGACCCACCGAGAAUGGUAUCAUGAGCACGAGGUAUCCUAUCGCUGUUGACGACUCGUUCAUCAAUGGUGUUCCCAUUGGACGGGCUGUCAACAACUCCGGAGCAUACGUUACCGAUCUGAACCAGCAGCUUGUUGGCGUCGGCGUCAUGGGAGAGCUCGUCGUCACUGGCGAUGGUCUUGCGCGAGGGUACUUCGACCCAUCCCUCGACAAGAACCGCUUCAUUUACAUUGAAGUCGAUGGCCAGCGUGUGAGAGCUUAUAGAACAGGCGAUCGCGUGCGCUACCGAGUAGGCGAUGGCCUGAUCGAGUUCUUCGGUCGCAUGGACACGCAGUUCAAGAUCCGUGGCAAUCGUAUUGAGUCAGCUGAGGUGGAAGCUGCCAUGCUCACUCACGCCUCUGUGCGUGACGCUGCUGUUGUCGUGCAGAAGGAUGAUGGUGGGAAGGCCGACUUGGUUGGCUUCGUCGUCGUUAAUCACGAUCAUUCGUUGGAGGGUGAUGCGAACGAUAAUCAGGUUGAAGGAUGGCAGGACCAUUUCGAGACUGAGAUGUAUGCCAACAUCGGAGACAUUGAUCCGUCUACCAUUGGAAAAGACUUCAAGGGCUGGACUUCCAUGUAUGAUGGGAGUGAGAUUGACAAGGUGGAGAUGCAGGAGUGGCUUGAUGACACUAUCAAGACGCUUCGUGAUGGCCGGGCUCCAGGUCAUGUCCUUGAGGUUGGAACAGGUAGCGGUAUGAUCCUGUUCAACCUCGGCGAUGGUCUUCAGAGUUACAGAGGCCUUGAACCAUCCAAGUCAGCUGCUGCAUUCACCAACAGCGUCAUCAAGUCCGUCCCAUCUCUCGCAGGCAAGGCCGAGGUCCACGUCGGCACAGCUCAGGACAUUAGCCAAUUGAGCGAUCUUCACCCAGAUCUCGUGGUGAUCAACUCGGUCGCGCAAUAUUUCCCUUCACCAGAGUACUUGUCCCAAGUAGCGGACACCCUGAUCCACCUCCCCGGUGUGAAGCGCUUGUUCUUUGGCGACAUGCGAACGAACGCUACCAACAAGCACUUCCUCGCUGGCAGAGCUGUCAGGACUCUAGGUGACAACGCGACCAAGGAAGCUGUUAGGCAGAAGAUGGCGGAGUUGGAGGAGCGUGAGGAGGAGUUGCUUGUUGAGCCAUCGUUCUUCACGACACUACAGGAUCGCUUCCCCCACUUGGUCCACCAUGUUGAGAUUCUACCAAAGAAUAUGCAUGCUACGAAUGAACUUAGUGCGUAUAGAUAUGCGGCUGUGGUACACAUACGCGAUAGCGACUCAGUGCCUGUGCAUACGAUUGAGAAGGGCGCUUGGGUUGAUUUUGGCGCAUCACGAAUGAAUCGCACUUCUCUCUUGCACUUUCUGCGGAGUUCCAAGGGCUCAUCAACCGUGGCCAUCAGCAACAUUCCCUUCGGCAAGACCCUCUUUGAGCGACAGAUCGUUGAGUCCCUCGAGGCAGAGGAAGAGUCCAAUCUGGAUGGUGCUGUUUGGAUCUCAGCUGUUCGCUCUGAUGCUGAGAGCCGUGCAUCUCUUUCUGUUCCCGACCUUCACCAACUAGCUGAGGACUCUGGGUUCCGCUUAGAGGUCAGCGCAGCACGUCAGUGGUCUCAAAGCGGUGCCCUCGAUGCCGUCUUCCACCACUUCCCGUCGCUUUCGAAUCGUCGCACGCUGAUCAAGUUCCCGACCGACAAUCACCUCCGAGGCUCAGCCACCCUUGCCAAUCGUCCGCUCCAGGGUUUGCAGCGUCGUCGCGCCGCUCUCCAAGUCCGCGAGCGACUGCAGUCUCUACUUCCAUCGUACAUGGUCCCCUCCAACAUCGUGGUCCUGGAUCAAAUGCCUCUCAACCCCAAUGGCAAAGUCGAUAGGAAAGAGCUUGCGCGCCAGGCUCGAAUUAUACCCAAGCAGCAGACUGCACUGCCUGCACAAGCGGUGCCUAUCAGCGACAUUGAGGCUAUACUCUGUGAUGAGGCGACUGCGACGUUUGGUAUGAAGGUUGACAUCUCUGAUGACUUCUUCAAACUCGGUGGGCAUUCCCUCUUGGCUACGAAGCUCAUCUCGCGAGUUGAACAGCGUUUCAACGUUCGUGCCACUGUCAAAGACGUCUUUGACAACCCCGUCUUCGCGCAUCUCGCCGUCGUCAUUCGUGAAGGCCUUGCUUCACGAACCACGUUGACUAAUGGUCAAGACAAGCAAGGCUGGUCUGCCCGUGUCGCCCCUCGGACCGAGACUGAGAUUAUCUUGUGUGAUGAGGCUUCUAAGCUUCUGGGUAUUGAAGUCGGUAUCACGGAUAACUUCUUUGACCUUGGAGGACACUCGAUGAUGGCGACAAAGCUGGCCAUGAGACUUGGUCGUCGGUUGGAUACUACGAUAGUGGUCAAGGAUAUUUUCGACUACCCGGUUCUGUUCCAGCUUUCCAAGAAGCUAGAGUCGGCUGCUUCGGGGACGGGUGAUGACGAGGUUCAAGUCGAUGAGUACAACCCGUUCGAGCUUCUCCCACUGGAGGAUCCACAAGACUUCAUCCAGCGAGAGAUUUGCUCCCAGCUCGGCGUUGCAUUCGAGUCAAUCCAGGACAUGUACCAGUGUACACAGAUGCAAAAGUCCUUCCUCUUCAGUCCCGGGACUGGUUCCCCGCGGCCUCUCACGCCUUUCUACAUUGACUUCCCAGUCGACUCAGACCCAGCUACCCUCGUCAAGGCUUGCCACUCCCUAGUUCAGCACAUUGAAAUGUUCAGAACUAUCUUUCUGCUAGCUUCGGGUCAGCUCUACCAAGUGGUUCUGAAGCAUCUCGACGUGCCAAUUGAGACGAUUGUCACUAACCAGAACGUCAACACUGUCACCAACGAUUUCUUAGAUGAGCAUGCGCAGGACCCCAUUCGUCUUGGAGAGUCGUUGAUUCGCAUCGCUAUUCUCAAGCAGUCAUCUUCAGUACGGGUACUACUAAGGUUAUCGCACGCUUUGUAUGAUGGCUUGAGUCUAGAACCCAUCGUGCGUAACCUUCACAUCCUGUUCAAUGGCAUGUCGCUGCUUCCGCCAACGCAGUUCAGGCGGUACAUGGAAUAUACUGCCAAUAGCCAAGAGAAGGGUUUUGAGUUCUGGCGUGAUGUGAUCGGAGACUCUCCCAUGACUGUCUUGAGCGAUACGAGCAACGCGGCUUGUCGUCCGGAAAUAUUACCAUCGAAGGCUUUGCAUUUGUCAAAGAUCGUCGACGUUCCAAGCCAAGCCAUCCGCAGCAGCAUCGCUACGCAGGCGACGGUGUUCAACUGUGCUUGUGCUUUGGUGCUCUCGAAAGAGUCCGGGUCUAGCGAUGUUGUCUUCGGGCGCAUUGUCUCAGGACGUCAAGGAUUACCGGUCAAUUUCCAGGACAUCAUCGGCCCUUGCACAAAUGCCGUUCCCGUUCGCGCACACAUAGGUACAGACGAGAAUCAUCACCAGAUGCUUCGCGACAUGCAAGAUCAAUACUUGCGAAGCUUGCCAUUCGAGACCCUCGGCUUUGAGGACAUCAAGCGCAACUGCACAGACUGGCCUGACUCCACCACGAAUUUCGCAUGCUGUGUCACAUACCAUAACUUUGAGUAUCAUCCCGAGAGUGAAGUGGACCAGCAACGUGUUGAGAUGGGGGUCUUGUCGAAGCAUGUUGAACUGAGGAAGGAUGAGCCGCUGUAUGACUUGGCGAUAGCGGGAGAGGUUGAGCCUGAUGGGAUCAGCUUGAAGGUCACGAUUAUUGCGAGGGCACAUUUGUUUGAGGAGGAGAGGGUACAGUAUUUUUUGGAGGAGGUUUGCAACACAUUUCAGACCCUGAACCUUUCUUUAUAA